ACAAACAUGAAAUUCUACGCUCAAAUUUCUUCAAUUUUCUUUCUCUGUUUGAUUUCCGGAGAGAAGGGAAAUUGCAAUGUACAAGACGAAGCUGCAGGAGAUGUGCCACCGGCGCCGUUGGGGACUGCCGAAGUACGCCUACAUGAAGAACGGACUCGAUCAUAGCCCGAGCUUCAAGGCCUCCGUCUCUGUUAAUGGCAUGUCGUUUGAUUCAUCUCCUUCGUGCAAGUCAUCCAAAGAGGCCUUAAACGACGCAGCCAAGCUCGCUUUCUUCCACUUCGAUUCUCCCACCCUGCUACUGCAGAAGUUUCCUCAAUUUCAAGUGUUGAACUCGAUAUUGGAGGAGGAGGAGGAGGAUCAAAGAAGGAAGAAACAUACCAGAGAACUGACACUGAGUCACAAACUGUCCAGGUUAUGGACGGUUAGGUGUAUUAUGGCUAGCAUUUUCUUUAACCAGUUUGAUCAUGGUGAAGGGAGGUGCCUAGGCUUGAACCAAGAAGUCCAUGCCUAUUGCAUAGUUGAUAGGUUCAAGAAUCUUGACUCACCGUCAUAUUGCACCCAACGUGAGGGUCCUUCUCAUAAACCUGUUUUCAAGGCUACAGUUGCUGUUGGUGGACAUACUUUUGAGAGCCCUGCCUUCUUCAAAACUUUAAAAGAAGCAGAGCAUGCUGCUGCUAAGGCUGCCUUAAUGUCCUUGUAUUAUGAUGGCAUUCAUGAGGUUGACUCUGGAUUUUACAAAAAUCUCUUGCAAGAGCUAACUCAGAAAGAAAGUUUGUCCAGACCGGUCUACAAGACAACAAAAUCUGGUGCAUCUCACCAGCCCACGUUCUUAUCCAGUGUGGAAGUGGAAGGAAAAUUGUUCUAUGGAAAAGCAGGGAAAUCCAAAAAAAAGGCACAGGCAAAAGCUGCAGAAGUUGCUUGCACCAUUCUAAAAGAGGAUGUCACGAUCAAGAAACCCAUCAACUCUGAUCAUAGCCCAGACUCCAUCUCCAUUGUCAAUCCUCAGGACAACCACGGAGACAAGAGUCAAGUUAUUUCAUCUACCAUAAAAAAUGAAGAACAUAAUGAACAAUAUCAAGUGCAAGAAGUCAUCUCUGGUGAGGAUAAUAUGGUCAGAAACAAAGAUUCACCUUCAUGUUCUAAAUCUGUACCUCAAGCUUCCUCAGAGGGCUUAUUAUCUUCUGCAACACCAACAAAUCCAGAUAUUUUUGCCCCUUCCAUAUCUGACACAAAUUUACAGACAGCUACUGGGGUCAGAAGUUAUCUACUGCACAACAGGGUUAGGGUCUAUACAAGCUUCCCAAACAUUGCAUGUCCCAAGGGGAUAACAGUCCUGCCCAUCGGCGACAACAAAUGGGUUCCCGUGAGUCUGGAAUUCCCAAAUGAAGUAUGCAAUUUAUGAUUUGAGGCUACUUGUUAAUAUUUCCUCAAAUUCUCUAGACAUAUAGUUCUCAAUUUUGUGGGUUCAUAUUUCAAUUUUCACAGAAACUAAAUAUCUUCCAUAUGUAAUAACCAAUCUUAGCUAUU